GUGAGCGGAGGUACAGAGCCAAAAAGUCCGCUUGGUGUCAAGUGGACCAUUCAGUCUUUGGCGUUCAGCUCCCAUCGUCAAUUAUUAUACUGUAUGUAAAUAGAUAUUUAUAUUUUUACAUUAUUUUCUGGACUUGAGGGUCUAUGUAUCGGAUAUAAAAUCGUGAAAUUAUCGCUGUCAGCGGCGUUUGUGUUUUGUUGAUGUCAUUCGCAUCACCAAAGCCCGUAGCGACCUUCAAUUAUAUCAGCGAGGCUUCAAUAUAAAUUUAUUUUUCCAAACUCUUUUCCUUUUUUUUUUUAAUCUUAGAGUGGCGACAAGUAUGGGACUUUCGCUCCGCGGCUGCCUGCUGUUGUCCCUCUUAACUCUGACAGCCGGUGCGGAUUUCCUGGACCUCAACAAAGCGUCCGGACGGACUUUUUUUCGAGAUUCGAACCGAUUCAAGGGGUCCGCGGCAGCAGGUUGGGGUCACAGCGUGAGGAAGAGGAGCGCCCAGCCGGACGCCUCCUGCGACGCUCUUCAAGGAUAUGAGGCCAAGUUGGAGAACAACACGCACCGUCAUACUUUCCAUGACCUGAGUGGAUCGGUGUUACUGGCCUGGGUUGGAGAUGGCACGGGGGUCAUCCUAGCUUUGACCACAUUCCACGUUCCCAUCUUCAUGAUCAAUUUAGGACAGUCGAAACUCUAUCGAAGCGAGGACUAUGGCAAGACCUUCCUGGACGUCACCAAGCUCAUCAACAACACCUUCAUCCGAUCGGAGUUUGGCAUUGCCAUCGGCCCUGAGAAUUCUGGCAAAGUCAUCUUGACUGGCGAGGUGUCCGGUGGUCACCGCUCUCGGAUUUUUGUCUCGAGCGACUUUGGAAAGAGUUUCACCCGCCUGGACCUUCCCUUCAAUCCGACCUCGGCCAUCACGUACAAUCCGGAGAAUUCCGACGUGCUGCUGGGCCUCAGCAACAAAAGGGAGCUGUGGCUGACGAAAGAUUUUGGCCUCAAUUGGAGAAAGAUCCACAGCAUGGUCUGUAUGGUGAAAUGGGGGACGAAGAACGCCAUCUUUUUUUUAACCAAUCCCAACGGAUCCUGUAAUGCCCGCGGAGCGCUGGAGAUCAGGAGGACAACUGAUUUCGGGCAAAACAUCAAGACCGUCGCCAACAAGAUCUACUCCUUCGGCCUCGGCGGUCGCUUCCUCUUUGCUUCUGUGAUGACGGGCGAGGCCACUCAGAGGCGGAUCCACGUGUCGGCGGACCAGGGCGAUACCUGGAACAUGGCUCAGUUGCCAUCCAUCGGUUCCGAUCAGUUCUACUCCAUCUUGGGAGCCAGUAACGACAUGGUCUUCAUGCACGUCGACGAACCGGAGGAUGAUGGCGUCGGCACCAUUUACGUUUCGGACGACCGGGGCACCGUCUUCUCCAAGUCGCUGGAGCGCCACCUUUACACCACCACGGGGGGCGAGUCCGACUUCACCAACAUCACCUCCCUGCGGGGGGUUUUUAUCACUAGCACCCUGACCGAAGACAAGUCUGUGAGGUCAGUGAUGACCCAUAACAUGGGAGGAGAGUGGACCCCCUUGCGGAAGCCCACCAUCAGCAACUGCGACUCAAAAGGCAAGCGACCAGAAGAGUGCGCUCUCCACAUCCUUGCGACAUACAGCACUGCUAUGAGGCUAAACGCCCCCAUGCUGCCCCUGAGCGAACCGAACGCUGUGGGUUUAAUAUUAGCCCAUGGGAGUGUCGGCAACGACAUCUCGGUGAUGACCCCCGACGUGUUUGUGUCUGAUGACGGCGGCUACACGUGGAUGAAGGCUCUGGACGGGCCGCAUCAUUAUGCCAUUCUAGACUCGGGUGGGCUGCUUGUGGCCGUGGAGCACAACCCCGAAGAACCGGUCGACGUGAUCAAGUUCUCUACGGAUGAAGGACAAUGCUGGCACACGUACAAGUUCACCGAGGAGCCCAUCUUCUUUACGGGGCUGGCGUCGGAACCGGGCGCCCGCUCCAUGAACGUCAGCAUUUGGGGCUACAAAACCAGCAUCGUCAACCAGCACUGGGUCUCCACCACCAUCGACUUCCGGGAUCUCAUUACCAGAGACUGCGUGAAGACAGAUUACGUGCAGUGGUUGUCGCACUCGGAUAAUAUCAGCGAUCCCAGCAACGGUUGCAUCCUGGGCUACAGGGAAACAUUCCGGCGCCUCCGCAAGGAUUCCGUUUGCUGGAACGGACGAGAUUAUUUGGUCAGCACGGAGCUGGCGCCUUGCCCGUGCACUUUGUACGACUUCUUCUGCGACUUUGGAUACUACCGCAAAGAGAAUAGCGCCGAGUGUGUGGAGGAGCCCGACCUGCAAGGCAAGAUGCUGGAGUUCUGUCUGCAUGGUCGAGAGGAACAGCUGCGCACACAAGGCUAUAGGAAAAUCCCUGGUGAUAAAUGUGAGGGCGGUACGAUUCCUGAGCGUAAAGAAAUUGAUCUCAGUGUGAGGUGUGUGAGUGAUCUGCUGGGCCCGAGUGAUAUGCAGCAGACAAAAGGCAACUCCUCUACAUCGGUAGCCAUUGUGCUCACGAUAGUCAUCAUGCUACUGAGCGUUGCUGCCGGAGUCCUCAUCAUCAAGAAAUACGUCUGCGGCGGCAGGUUCCUGGUCCACAGAUACUCGGUACUGCAGCAACAGGCCAACGAAAAUGCGGCGGAAGGCGUGGACAACGCCUUGGACGACCAGUUGGACAGCGAGCACGGACUCAACGGAAAGAUGGACUUUCACGACGACUCUGACGAGGACCUGUUGCAGUAGCAACCGGAGAGGUCUGUCAAUCAUUCUCGAGGGAUUUCCAGCCUGGCGUUCCCGGCGACCGGACGCUUCUUAUGUCGCGCUACUUCUUUUUCGCUCGCACUUUGAUCUGGCGUCACUCAAACUGUCCUCUUGCCAACUCUUUUAAAUGCACAUGCUCCGAAGUGAAGAGAAAUUAAGUUUGGAAAGAAAGUAUGAGAAUUUCCGCCCCUUUGAAGUACACAGCACAACUCCGAGCGUCCGUUCGAGAGCAAUAAAAUGUACAGACUUAUUUGCGUGCAUGUCCAAACGCUUUUGCCAUGUAGCUGGAGCUGCUACGCUUGAUCAAUGAAGGAUGCAAAACACUCGAGAGAAUAUUCCAGAGAACCUUAAACUUUCCGCUGGCAACCGGUUCAGGGUGUCCCCCUGCUGCCCGAUGUGGGCUCGAAUUGUCCCAACUUCUGCCGUGUUGCAAUUUUUGCAGCGCAAAACUACAACUGAAGUCAUAACCACAAGCCCCUCUUGUCACAAUUUCAAAAGUUUUGGACUCAAAAUAAUUUUUAGACCAAUUGUUACACCGGUUGGGUUGUAUUCUCUAAGGUUCGUUUUCCUUUGAUGCAUGUUUAGACUGGAAACUCCAAAUAUGGGCAACUACCGAUACAAUCGACUUGGCUUUGAAGUCGAGUAGACGACUAUGCACAAUUGUUCCCGCGUUCCAGGCGUCUCACUAACGGUUCUCUUGAUAUUCUAACAAAACGGAUCGACGAGAUUUUUCAAUAAGUCACAUUGUGACAUCGCCAUGUUUGGAGAGCUCGCUUAAGAUAAGAUAUCCUUUAUUCAUCCCACAAUGGGGAAAUUUACAGCCUCCAGCAGCAAGAAUGUAUAUAGAAAGAAGAAAGGAGAAAGAGAAAAAAAAAACAACAAACAUCUUUCAAUUAAAUACAAUAUGAACACAAUGGAUAAAAAUUAGUAUUAUCAUUAUAAUUAUAAUAUAUUAUAAUUACCGGCACAUUUGAAAAUAAUCAGCUGACAUGAGACCAACAUGUUUUUUUUGACAGAUGAACGUUGGCCAGGCACUCGCGACAUUUGUACACGUUCGGAUGUUUUUUUUUUCGUCCCCUCUCUUGAGAUAUCUGCACUUCUUUUUUUUAAUGUAUUUGUUUUGAGCACGUUCAGAAUGCAGUACAUGUGGUGUGGAUCAUAUUUGGAAAAAUUGUUAGCUUCCUAGCAUCCAUGCCCAAGUUAUUUUUAAACGUUCUUGACAAGAAAAACAAAAAACAAAACAAACACUAACUCAAGACACCAGUUGCCUCCAUUGGGCGCGCCAGAGAAUCGACGCAUAUUUUCACAAACGCAUUUCUCAAUACUGAGACGGCGAGCUGAAAAUGACCACGGCAAUUAUAUGCUACGAGGCCAACAUAAUAAAAGUGACGUCAUCAUAUUCUUCUUAGCGUCUAAAAAUAGGAUAUGUAAUUUAAUAAGGGUUACGUGUAAAUAUCUUUUUAUCUGCCGUUUGUAUCAUGUCAGGCAAUUUUAUCUUUGGGUUUGCCAAUAAAUUUCGAUUGUUCCUUGUGA